GAGGAUAAGUGAUAGACCAAUAAUAUUUUUUGGUCAACAUAUUCUUUCUGCAAUUAUAUACUCCUUCUGUCUUUUGUUUUUUGCUUCAUGCUGUAAUAAUGUUACUUUAUUACUAAGUAAUUUUUUCGUUGAAAUAAAGUAAUAUAGAGAAGAGUGGUGGAAUUUAAAGGGUGGUUUUAAGAAUAAAGGUGUAUAUCCUUAGCUUUAAGGGCUUGUUCAUAUUUACUUAAUUUCAGUUCAGUUCAGCUUCAAUAAGUUCAGUUCAGCUCCAAUCAAUUCAAUUCAACUCAGUUUAGUAAAUAUGAACUGACCCUAAAGAUAAAAUGAGGCAAAAUUAAAGAGACGAGCUACAAAGGAAAUUGAAGAAAGGGUGGAAUAAUUAAUUACGCAUCAUUAGUUUUGAAGAAACAACAUGAAUUGAAAACAUUAAGUUGAAACCAACUUUUCUAUCUCAUUGACUAGUUAGUUCGUUAACCAAAAUUGAUCCUCAAGAAAAAUAUUCACCAUUCUUUCUUCCAUUUCUUACUUUAGUUUGUACUAUAUAUUUUUCCUUCUUCAAUAUUUUUGCAUGCAUCGCUUGACAAACAAAAUUAAUGCUAAUAUGGAGUCUUCAAACCUUCACUUCUUAGUACUCAGUCUCAUAAUUUCUUCUACCAUGCCCAAGUUUGUCUCAGCUCAGAGCUCGUUCCGCAGGCAGUGGUGCAGCGACACGACUUACGCACCAAACAGCACUUACCAAUCCAACCUUCAAGCAGUCCUAAACUCUCUAUCGACAGACACUCGAAUCACCUACGGGUUUUACAAUAUAACAGCAGGACACGAACCGGACAAAGUGAGUUCAUUAGCCCUAUGCAGGGGUGAUGUCCCUGUUAAUACAUGCCGGAAUUGUAUUAAAAACUCGGCUAUUUUGCUCAUUAAUACCGUUUGUCCUAACCAAAUGGAAGGAUUUGGGUAUAGUGGAUAUUGCUCAGUAUUUUUCUCAAACCGUUCUAUUUAUGGGAAAGUACAAAAUGUGGUAGACCCAUGGUUUUAUGCAGAUAGACCACCUGUUACGAAUACUCGUGGUUUCAGUGAUGCACUGUCUUUGCUGAUGCAAUCGUUGAAGAAUCGAGCUGGUUCCGGUAACUCAGAGAUGAAGUAUGCUGCAGACAAGGCUAAUACAUCAGGUGGUCAGAGUUUGUACGGUCUUGUGCAGUGCACACCAGAUUUGUCAAAGCGAAGUUGUAUGCAGUGUAGUCAAAAGUUAAUUGAUUAUUUCCCUUCGUGUUGUAUUCAAUCGAAUUACACGGCUUCUGGAGUUAUGCUUGUUUUACCGAAUUGCUUUGUUCGGUAUGAUAUCAAUUCCUUCUAUGGGAAUGUGCCUGAUGAUCCUCUGCCUACGUCGUCACUCAACAUCAGUCCAUCAAAUAAUGCUACUACUUCAGGUCGAAAAAGUAAUAAGACUCGAAUAGUCGGUAUUGUUUCAAUCGCACUUGGUGUGUCAACUAUGUUACUUGCUACAAGUAUCAUCUUCAGCAUCUUAUUAAAGAAAAGAAAAUUGAGGAAAUCUUGGAUGGUGAAAUUCAGCAAAGAUGAAAUUGAGGAAAUAAAAUCGUUACAAUUUAGUCUUGGAGCUAUGAAGCAGGCAACACAGAACUUUUCUGAGGAAUAUAAGCUCGGAGAAGGCGGAUUUGGCUCUGUUUAUAAGGGUGUACUUCCUGAUGGACAAGAGAUAGCAGUGAAAAAACUUGUAAAGAACUCGGGGCAGGGCGAUGCAGAGUUUAAAAAUGAAGUACUGAUAUUAGCAAAGCUCCACCAUAGAAAUUUGGUGAGACUUUUGGGAUUUUGCUUACAUGGAAAAGAAAUGAUUCUCGUCUACGAGCUCGUUGCUAAUAGAAGCCUUGAUAAGUUUAUAUUUGAUCCAUUAAGUCGCCAAUCUAUGCAGUGGGAAACACGUUACAAAAUCAUCAAUGGCGUUGCUAGAGGGAUCUUGUACCUCCAUGAAAAUUCUAGACUAAAAAUCAUACAUCGCGACCUCAAAGCAGCUAAUAUUCUCUUAGACGAGGAUUUCUAUCCUAAGAUCGCAGAUUUUGGUAUGGCAAGGCUAUUUAACUUUGAUCAAACUCAAACACAAGCUAGCAAAAUUGUCGGUACCUUAGGUUACAUUUCACCUGAGUAUGCUCUUGAACGUCAAGUAUCAGUAAAGUCAGACGUCUACAGCUUUGGUGUACUCGUCCUAGAGAUAGUAAGCGGGCAAAGGAUUACUUCAUUUUUUUACGAUGAGGACAAUCAAGAAAACCUCUUAAGCUUUGCUUGGAGAAAUUGGACUGAAGGCAAUGCUUCUUAUCUGGUAGAUCCUGUAAUACAACCCGGUUCUAGUACCGAGAUAUUAAAAUGCAUCCACAUCGGUUUGUUGUGUGUCCAAGACGACCCUACGGACAGGCCAACGAUGGCUGCAGUCGAUCUUAUGUUGAGUAGUGAUUCUGUUACACUUCAAGUACCGGCGCAGCCUGCAUUUUGUACCGAGGACCAAAAUCUACCUGAUAUGCUCUUGGAGUGGAGUACAACGACUAAGUCGAGUGUAAGAUUAGAGGGAGGUUCAAUCAAUAAUGUUUCGAUAACAGAGUUGCACCCUAGGUAAUGGAGCUUAAGAUGACCCUAGAAGGUAUCGAAUGGAUACCCGGAAUUAAUUGUCAAGUGAAUAGUUUUUUCUUCGUUUUUAUUAUAGUUGUAAUAGUAGUUUGACUUUUACAUUAUUUAUGUGUUUUACUUUGACUAUUGUUGAUGACUUAUACUCAAGCAAAUACAUAGUAAUUUGAGAUCUUUUA